AACAGAGAAACAGAGAGAGAGAGAGAGGCUGAAACAGAGAGAGAGAGAGAGACUUUAGCCAACAUUAUAGAAGAUAUGUGUGACGUCUUUUUUUAAUCACACAUCUAAAAAGGAAGUGUUGUGUUUCAGAUAGCUUAAACACACACACACAGCAGCUGCUACUUCUCCUGGCUCUCUGUACCCUCAGCCAGACUGUUGUUAACCUGUCAGUGAGCAUGUCGGGUAGUGUUAGUGUUUGGACGGUAGUGAGCUGGAUGGUGCUGGGCAUGGUUCUCGGGCUCAGUGGUGGGGGCUCAGCCCUGAAGAUCUGCACCUUCAACAUCCAGUCCUUUGGAGAGAAGAAAAUAGAGAAGCCAGAGGUGGUUGAUGUCAUAUUGGCUCUGAUCGCUCGCUGUGACAUCAUGCUGGUGAUGGAGAUUAAAGAUCUCAGUGCGAAGGCUUUCCCUCAGCUCAUGACUCAACUCAACAGUGACUACAGCUCCAGGAAGAAUGAGUAUAACUAUGUGAUCAGUGACAGACUGGGACGUAAGUCCUACAAGGAGCAGUACGCCUUUAUCUACAGACAGAGGCUGGUGUCAGUGAAGGAAGUGUACCAGUACCCUGACACCCAACCUGGAGAUGAGGAUGCCUUCUCCAGGGAACCUUUCAUCGUCUGGUUCUCUUCCCCCAAAACAGCCGUCCAGGACUUUGUGAUCAUUCCGAUCCACACCACUCCAGAGACGUCCGUCAGGGAGAUAAAUGAACUGUAUGAUGUGUUCCAAGAUGUCAAACAACGAUGGACCUCAAAGAAUGUGAUCAUCAUGGGCGACUUCAAUGCGGCCUGCGGCUACGUACCCAAGAAGCAGUGGAGCAGCAUCCGCCUGCGGUCUGACAGCAGCUUCCUGUGGCUGACGGGUGACACCAUCGACACCACCGUCAAGGAGUCCACAGACUGUGCCUAUGACAGGGUUGUCCUCCACGGGGACAAGAUGAUCCAGGCCGUCAACCCAACCUCUCUGGAUGUGUUUGACUUCAGACGGGCCUACGGACUAACCGAGCUACAGGCCCUGGCGGUGAGUGACCACUACCCAGUGUGCAUCACUGUGAAGGCCGCUCCGAGGAAUAAGGGUUAACGUCUUGUCCUCGUAACGGUACCGUCCUGAGGACGUCUCGGUGUCCCUCGGUGGUCUGUGUGCGUCCUGCAGUGUUUGCUUUGCUCCAGUCCAGAGCCAUCAGGCUAAAGCUAAAUUAAUCAAUUAAUCCCAGAAGCAUGGUCACUGAGCUGCACUGUGUGCUUCAAGGUUAUUAUAGUUUUGUGUUUUAUAUUCGUUUUUAUUUCUAUUAGUAUUUUUUUUUUUUACUUAAUCUAGUAGUUUUUAUUCUAUUUGAGUUUUCUAAAAACAUUUCUAUUUGGUUUUUGAUAUGAUUUAGUUUUAGUGUUAGCCUGGGUGGCUAAUAGCUAGGAGGCAUGUAUGUGUUGUAGGUUGUAUUUCUAGUAGUCUCAGACCUAGAUUAUAGAUUAUUACGGAUUGCAUUACAGAUUAGAUUAUUACAGACCUAGACCCAGAGCAACAGACCUAGACCCAGAGCAACAGACCCAGAGCAACAGACCCAGAGCAACAGACCCAGAGCAACAGACCCAGAGCAACAGACCUAGACAUAGAGCACUAGACCCAGAGCAACAUAUCUAUAACAACAGACCCAGAGCAACAGACCCAGAGCAACAGACCUAGACCUAGAGCAACAGACCCAGAGCAACAGACCUAUAGCAACAGACCUAGACCCAGAGCAACAGACCCAGAGCAACAGACCUAGACCCAGAGCAACAGACCUAGACCCAGAGCAACAGACCCAGAGCAACAGACCCAGAGCAACAGACCUAGACCCAGAGCAACAGACCCAGAGCAACAGACCCAGAGCAACAGACCUAGACCUAGAGCAACAGACCUAGACCCAGAGCAACAGACCUAUAGCAACAGACCCAGAGCAACAGACCUAGACAUAGAGCACCAGACCCAGAGCAACAUAUCUAUAACAACAGACCCAGAGCAACAGACCUAGACAUAGAGCACUAGACCCAGAGCAACAUAUCUAUAACAACAGACCCAGAGCAACAGACCCAGAGCAACAGACCUAGACCCAGAGCAACAGACCCAGAGCAACAGACCCAGAGCAACAGACCUAGACCUAGAGCAACAGACCUAGACCCAGAGCAACAGACCUAUAGCAACAGACCCAGAGCAACAGACCUAGACCCAGAGCAACAGACCCAGAGCAACAGACCCAGAGCAACAGACCUAGACCUAGAGCAACAGACCUAGACCCAGAGCAACAGACCCAGAGCACCAGACCCAGAGCAACAGACCUAGACAUAGAGCACUAGACCCAGAGCAACAUAUCUAUAACAACAGACCCAGAGCAACAGACCCAGAGCAACAGACCUAGACCUAGAGCAACAGACCCAGAGCAACAGACCCAGAGCAACAGACCUAGACAUAGAGCACCAGACCCAGAGCAACAUAUCUAUAACAACAGACCCAGAACUGCAUCACAUGGCAGCUUUUUCCUGCCAUCCUAUUACCUAUGUAGUACACUAUAUAGGGAAUAGGGCUCUGGUCUAUAGUGCACUAUAUAGGGAAUAGGGCUCUGGUCUAUAGUAGUGUACUAUAUAGGGAAUAGGGCUCUGGUCUAUAGUAGUGCACUAUAUAGGGAAUAGGGCUCUGGUCUAUAGUAGUGCACUAUAUAGGGAAUAGGGCUCUGGUCUAUAGUAGUACCACUAUAUAGGGAAUAGGGCUCUGGUCUAUAGUAGUACCACUAUAUAGGGAAUAGGGCUAUGGUCUAUAGUAGUACCACUAUAUAGGGAAUAGGGCUAUGGUCUAUAGUAGUACCACUAUAUAGGGAAUAGGGCUCUGGUCUAUAGUAGUACCACUAUAUAGGGAAUAGGGCUCUGGUCUAUAGUAGUACCACUAUAUAGGGAAUAGGGCUCUGGUCUAUAGUAGUACCACUAUAUAGGGAAUAGGGCUCUGGUCUAUAGUAGUACCACUAUAUAGGGAAUAGGGCUCUGGUCUAAAGUAUUGCACUAUAUAGGGAAUAAGGCCCUGGUCUAAAGUAGUGCACUAUAUAGGGAAUAGAACCCUGGUCUAAAGUAGUGCACUAUAUAGGGAAUAGGGCCCUGGUCUAAAGUAGUGCACUGUAUAGGGAAUAGGGCUCUGGUCUAUAGUAGUACCACUAUAUAGGGAAUAGGGCUCUGGUCUAAAGUAGUGCACUAUAUAGGGAAUAGGGUACCAGAGUCAUGUUAAAAACACCUGACGACAUACAAAUGGCUUAUCCAAAUGUAAAUGAUUAUUUCCUCAGUUGAACCAGUUUGUAAUAUGUCAUGUAACAGUGUUAUUUUAAGGAACAUUAUUUAUAGCUAACAUAUGUCUGUAUAUCCUAUAUCAGAGAAUAUAUUUGGUAUAUUCUAUAUCAGAGAAUAUAUUUGUUAUAUCCUAUAUCAGAUAAUAUAUUUGGUAUAUCCUAUAUCAGAGAAUAUAUUUGGUAUAUUCUAUAUCAGAGAAUAUAUUUGGUAUAUCCUAUAUCAGAGAAUAUAUUUGGUAUAUCCUAUAUCAGAGAAUAUAUUUGGUAUAUCCUAUAUCAGAGAAUAUAUUUGGUAUAUCCUAUAUCAGAGAAUAUAUUUGGUAUAUUCUAUAUCAGAGAAUAUAUUUGGUAUAUCCUAUAUCAGAGAAUAUAUUUGGUAUAUUCUAUAUCAGAGAAUAUAUUUGGUAUAUCCUAUAUCAGAGAAUAUAUUUGGUAUAUCCUAUAUCAGAGAAUAUAUUUGGUAUUUCCUAUAUCAGAGAAUAUAUUUGGUAUAUCCUAUAUUAGAGAAUAUAUUUGGUAUUUCCUAUAUCAGAGAAUAAAUUUGGUAUUUCCUAUAUCCACCAUAAUUUGAAAAUAAAUUCAUUAAAAAUCCUACAA